CUGCAUUGCUUUAAAUCAGGAGUGAUUGUUAAACCAUCAGCAUUAGAAUGUUCAAUCGCGAUAAUUUUAAUCACAUAUUUGAGAUCUUACACCUUCAAGGGUUUAUUGCAAUUAGAAUAGUUUUCCUCCUGGGAAGUAGGGUAUAAAACCUACUGUUUUUAACAUGUUUGGAAUCUGUGUACAUUUUGGAACAACUAUCAGCAAAAGUGAAAUUUCUCCAGUGGACCAUGCAGUGGUAAGGUGCUAGUCUGUGCGGAGGGAAAUCACCUGACAGUGAUGCUGAAAUCAUGGACGAGGCUGAUGCGAAGUUUCAGAAAGUGACUGGGAACUGCGUGGACGACCUGGGGACAGGUUGUGUGUUCCUCUUCUUGCAGUCGGACUAUCCUGAGCUGCUCUCUGUCUAUAAGGACCCGGACAGGAAGUUCAGCCUUUUCAAGGUCAUCAGGCUAACACUGUCAGAUGCCACCGGCGGCCUGGACGGGUACGAGAUCCUGAAGCUGCACGACGCCGACCCCCGGCUGGGGGUGGAGAUCAAGUUUGUGGAGCCGGGGGCGUGCCGGAGGUUCCUGGAGAGCUACGCAAGCGGCGCCCUCCUGCAGCUGUUCACCCAGCACGCCAGCCGCGUGCUGCCCGGGGCGGGCGAGCUGGUCACGCACACCCGGCUCCAGGCCGGCGACAGCCUCCUGGACGACUUCCUGGACGACCAGGACCGCUGCCUGCGCCACAUCAGCCUGAUAAAGCCUAACCGCCUGCCCGACGACGAAGUGUGCCUCCUGGAGCAGCAGCUGCAGAGCCUGGUCUUGUCUGACAGGAGCCCCUCCCACGCCACGCAACCCUCAGCCCUCAAACAGGAAGUUCCCUCCGUGCCUAGUAACUGUUUCCUGUUUCAGGAGCAAGUAUUUGACGACCGGCAGCUGACGGCGGCCGACCACCAGCGCUUCGCCACCAGCGUCGGGCGGGACUGGAAGAAGGUGGGGCGGGCGCUGCAGAAGAGCUGCCGGGCCCUGAAGGGCCCCGCCAUAGACAACCUGGCGUACGAGUACGAGCGCGACGGCCUCUACGAGCAGGCCUACCAGCUGCUCAGCCGCUUCAUCCAGGCCGAGGGCAAGAGGGCCCGCCUGGGCCGGCUGGUGGGCGCCCUGGAGGAGACCAAGCUCAUCGGCGUGGCCGAGAUCAUGCUGGACCUCCCCCCGCGGGAGUGACCCCGCCCCCCCCGCGCGUCAUUCAGCGCCUGCGCGUGUGUGUGUGUGUGUGUGUGUGUGUGUGUGUGUGUGUUUGAGAGGACAAAGUGGGUGUGCGUGCAUGUGUGAGUGAGUUUGAGGGCUGUGUAUGUGUAUAUGUGUGUGUGUGUGUAUGUGCAUAUGUGAGUGAGGUUGAGAGGGCAGUGUAUGCGUGUGUUUGUGUGCGUGUGUGAGUUUGAGAGGGCAAUGUGUGUGUGUGAGUUUGAGAGGGCUGUGUAUGUGUGUGUGUAUGUGCAUAUGUGAGUGAGGUUGAGAGGGCAGUGUAUGCGUGUGUGUGUGUGAGUGAGUUCGAGAGAAAUGUGUGUGCGUGUGUGUAUUUGAGGACAGUAUGUGUGAAUUUGCACAUAUUUCCUCAUACAGAAAAGCAGAACAAUUUUUUUAUUCCCCGACAAGACCAAUUCUCAAGUUUCCUUUAGAGAUUUUUACUCCUCGCUGAGUCAUCACGUGAUAGCUAAGCUGCCUGAUGUCAGGGUACAAAUCAAAGGUGCCAUGGAUACUACAGUUGGAUGGAUCUUUCUAGGGGGUGCAACUCGUUUUCUUUCUCUCCAGUUUUGUACAUUUGUAUUUUCCCUUCUUUUUUUUUUAUUUUGGUCUUCUUCAAAUUUCAGUGCCUUCAUAAUGAUAAUGAACUUUGGAUUGUAGAUUGUGAUCGUUUAUGAUUUUGACCUACCUAUCAGUUUCUAAACCUAUCCAUUUGUCAUGAUUAAGCAUUUUAUAUUUGGGAUUUUUACAAAAUGACAAUAAAGGCUUUAAGUCAAAGAACAUUGUAAAAUAA